AUGGCAUCCAAGUGCCUCGAAGCUUUUGAUCGCUGGCCGUUGGAGGUGGAAUGGGCCCAGAGUAUGGGGCAGCUGACCUUGACUCACCGCCUCGAGGGCGCGCUGCCCGAGAGGAAAACAUGGAGCAACGAGGAGGUCCAGGUAAAGAUGUCGUCCAACAGCCUAGAGGUGACAUUGAAUGGCACUAUCUUCAAACCUCUCACUGGGGACUUGGCUGGAGAUAUCUUCCGUUUCAAGUCUUGGUGGGUUGUCGAGGAUGAGACUCUCAUCAUUCGACUUUUCAAGAGAACGCUGAACUCUUGGAAACAUGCCUUCGCCGGACCCAACAGGGGCAUGUUCAGGCGGAAUGCCUUUCCCUGGACGAAAGUGAUGGAAAAGAGGGGUACAAAUCACAAUGGCGCUGGGCAUGGCAUGGGCUAUGCGGAGGCCGCACCGAAGGAGGAGAACUUGGAAGAGGUGUCGCCGGGCCGUCCGGCCGUAGAGCCUGGCGAGCUGCGGCCAGAUGGGACCGUCGAGGAGUUAUCAGCUGGUGGAGUUUUUGCAUUGCAAUCUGAGCGACACAUUUGUGCAGCUCACGACCUUUGCUUGGGACUCACGGCGCAGCAGGAUGACUUCACAGUGACCAUCGAGGUGCACUUCGAACUUCAACGCUUCGAGGAACUCCGCGCGCGGUAUCCUUUGGAGGCUUUGAUGGCGACAGAUGUCUGGCCCAAUGCGGUAUGUAUCUUCUUCCAGGGAGAUCGGAUGAAUCCCAUUGUAUGGGCGGAAUUGGAUGGCAAGGUGGAGGCCAUGUCCAGCACGUUCCGAAUUUCUUCAUCGGAUCCGAUGAGGAGGCGCCAAGCCAAAGGCGAUAUGUACAGCCCUUGCCUCUCGGUGCGCCUCACGAAGAUUCGAGAACCAGGAUCAUGGACUCGUAUCUUCAAAGAAGUGUGGCAGCACAAGCUGAUGGUCAAGGAGCUGGGACCCUUCGGCCCGCAGCGCUUCGAUGGCCUCAAUGGGGCGCGGAACUUCCUUCGUGCAGGAUACAACCUUGAUGAUCCCGACUUCUGGGGCAAUGUGGAUCACUAUGCGGCCAUGACCAUGAAGCAAUCGGGUUACACAUCGGCACCAAAGAAGUUGACCGUCACCUGA